CACCAAGCAGUGAGUGGUGGCUUCGCUGUGGGUCAGUCGGUGUAAGUCGAUAUAUGUAUCUCGUGCAAGUCAGACCUCGAAGUCUCAGUUCGACCAUCACUGUGGUCUCCGAAAUAUCACACGCGACCAUGAUCUUUCAAUUGCCCGUUACACUCCUAUCGGCCUUAGCUUGUGUGGCUCUGGCAAACGUUAUACCAGCCGAUCCGACCAUCACCCCCCCUGCGAUAUUGCCGAGACAGCUGGAUGCGGCUUGGAUUGGUUGGGUGCAGGACAAUGGGACUUGGACUUCACAGUCAUGCGAUGCCGGCAACACCUGGUUCCAGUCAGGAAAUUACGCUCAAUGCUGUGCGGAAACAUUGACAGCAUGUCCCGCCCCGACGGCCUGUGUUAGAGGCAGUCAAAUAUAUCCCUUCAGUGGCACGACCAUCACUACUGCAUGCACCGAAAACUACAACAAUGCAACCUACAGUGUUUGCAAUACCGCUUUCAUCUUUGAGAGCUUCGGGGACUCCAAUCCUAAAACUGAUAUUGUCUGCGGCGACAAGUCGCAAAUCUGGAGCUAUUAUCGAUCAGUUCCAGCUUCAAUCACCGAAUCCCCCUCUGCGAGCGGCGCAUCCGGUAGCAAGAGCUCAUCUGAUUCGAAAGCUUGGAUUGCCGGUGCCGUCGUAGGACCCAUUGUUGGUAUCGCACUCAUCGCCAUCGUUGUGUUUCUCCUCAUGCGCCGCCGCAAGAAGAACAAGCAGGCCAACGUACCGCAAGCUGGAGGAGCAGCGAUCGGUCCUCCUGGAGUACAGCAGCAUUACAACGAGGCUAAGCCACAGCCCACAGCCCCUUCAUACGGCCAAUCGCCUCCAGGCGUAAACGACACCUACAACCAGCAAACCUACCCUCCGCAAGGAUAUGUGCAGCAGCCCACCUCGCCGGCACCACAGUAUCAGCAACAGUAUCCUGUGCCGAACUCCUCGCCACCGCAACAGCAGCCAUACGGCGCGCCGAUUUCCCCAGUACAACACCAGCAAAGCGCGUACGCCACGCAAGACGCCAAGUUCGGCUAUACCGCGCAGCAGCCGCAACACCCCAACGCGGCGGAGCUGGGGGGUGUCGGUAGUCCGGUGGGCGGGCAGCAUACGUCGGAACUUCCCUCCCAUGAGAGGGGAACGUAGAAAGUUUUCUAGAUAGUCAUUUUACUACAGCGGAAGAGUGGACACUACCAUUAUCUAUUGAAACAACUAGGUUGUACUUGACAAAUAUGUGAUACACAGCG